AUGCCUAGGACAUUAUUACUCUGUUUUAUUCAUGGGUUCAAGGGUGAUGACGAUACGUUCCAAUCGUUUCCCCAUGACUUGAAAAUCCAAGUCGCAAAACAAAUUCCCAAUCACAAUGUUGAGUCUGUGGUUUAUCCAAAGUAUGAGACAAAGGGAGAAUUAGCACAGUCUACGGAACAGUUCUUGUCAUGGUUACGUGAAAGAGUCAUGGAUGUGCGCAAAGCACACAGUGAGAAGCCCUGGCCACCUCACGAUCGUGAUGUUGGUGUUAUCUUGGUCGCACAUUCAAUGGGUGGCUUUGUGGCAGCAGAUGCGCUCUUCUCAGUCUUGAAUGAGAAAAUCGCCAACAAGGACGCUGACGACACCCCGAUUUUCCCACUCAUUCAAGGCAUCUUGACAUUUGAUACCCCGUACAACGGCCUUGCGCGUUCCAUGUUUGUUUACGGCGCUUUCUCCAACUACCAGAAAGUCAGCAGUGUGUUUAACGUCAUGACUGCUAUAUCCGCUGCAGCACCAGCACAGCUCAGUAAGCUCUCACUGAAGCGUGCUACGGCUUCUGCCGUUCCUGCGCGUAGCUCGAAUCCAGCAUGGAAGAGCUGGCAGCUGAUCGCGGUCAAAACCGGCACUGUUGGGGCCAUUGCUGCCGGUGGUGUGGCUGCUUACAUGCAUCGAAAGCAGAUCAUGGAGGGCAUGAGAAACAUGAGGAACAUCAAUCGCGAAAGUGUUCAAGAAUCCGUCAAAGAAGGAUACCAGAAUAGUGUCGACGCGCUCGGCCAGGGCCUUGCCUACAUCAACCGUGGUAACGUCGGAAAAUCAUUUGAAUAUCUCUCGGACCAUUUUACGUUCAUCGGCUCGCUGAUGAAGCAGCAAGAGUUGAGUAGACGUCUGGAACGCAUGGGUGAACUCAAAGGCGUGGGAAUCCAUGACUUUUACACAUCACUCGGCGAAAAUGGCGUCUGGAGCGGUGGUUACUUUGUUCCAGAAAGAACAUUCUGUGCGAUUCCUGAAAAGGAACAUGUUGCGAGUCACAUUUUCUCGAAACAAGUCAUCACGGAGACGGAAGACGAAGUGCAAGCGCACAUGAGCAUGUUCAAGAGAGACAAGAACAUCAACUACGAACAAAUGACCGACACCGCCAGCGAACUUGUCAUUUCAUGGUUCAAUGAAGACUCCAUAAUUGUCGAGGACCCAAAGUUCGCAGCUCCGGCGCCGCCCGAGGUUGUUGAAGAGCCUGUAUCAACAACCGGAGAUGGCACGGAGAUCCCUCAGACAGAGACAGUAGCCGAUGAGGCUAAUGUUGAAGAAGACAAGGAUUACGAUGGUGACUCGUUGCCAGACGAGUCGCCACUUGACAUUGCGGCAGCGGCUUCCAUGGUGCCGCUCCCUGAUGAUGACGACACGGCUCCGGAGACUAUCGAGGCCAAAGAUUCGGCGCAAAGCACUUACAUGAGAUACUUGUUUGGAGUCGCCCAGCAGGCCGGUACUGGCAUCAAGUCAUACGUACCAAGAACCAUGCCUGAGAUGCCAUCAGGGCCGAGCUUCAAGUCGUACAUUCCAAGUCAGAUGCCCUCAAUGCCUCAGAUGCCCAAUCUGCCCUCGAUGAGUGUCUUCUCGCGGAGCAAAAAAACAGAUUCUGGUACCGACUUGACGGAACAGGUCAACACGAACAAGUCACCGGAGAGUGAUACCGCAGCAACAAUGACAACAACAGAAGGCCCGGUGAUGGAGGAGCAGAAGUCUUGA